CAGUUAGUCACAAGCAACAGAUAAGUUUUACUUCCAAUCAUUAGUGGAGUAGGGAUCGUGAAGACUCUCGAGCGAGAUUUUAAAUAUUACGAUCGACUUCUGAGAAGAUCGUUAACAAAGCAAGAUGUUGGAGGACCUUAAGGACUUUUCUUUUAAGGACUUGAAAAUAGAACGCGUCGAGGAUGAGCUGGCGACUGAAUUAUUAAAGUCAUAUCCGCUUCACAAACGUGGGUUCGUUAAAGUUGGUGAAAAAAAGUGGUUCCUGCCGUAUAGAUAUGUCGAGGAAGGCAACAAAAUAUAUAACUUUGAAAUUCGUCCGGAUGAUACAUGGAUCGUUACUUAUCCUAGAUCAGGUACGACAGUGACGCAGGAGCUUGUGUGGCUGGUGGCAAACGACAUGAAUUUCGACGAGGCACAUCGAAGAUAUUUAUUAGAGAGAUUUCCCUUUGUAGAAAUAGGAGCAAUAUUAGAUGGCAAUAUCAUGGUGAAAGAUGUUCCUGAUAGAGUUAAUACGGAAAAAAAUAGUGUCGAAUUCGUACACGAAAAGCCUUCGCCACGUUUUAUCAAGAGCCAUAUGCCUCUCGAAUUGUUGCCAACAGUCGUAAAUAGCACUUGCAAGAUUAUCUACGUUGCAAGAAAUCCAAGAGACGUGGUAGUGUCAUGGUAUAAUUUUCAGAAAACUUUGGUACAUUUCCAGUAUCAAGGAACUUUUGAACAAUUUUGUGAUAAUUUCAUGAAUAAUCACACAUUAUGGAGUCCAUACUGGGAACACAUAAAGGAAGCUUGGGGGAUGAGACACAGAAAAAAUAUGAUGUUCCUCUUUUACGAAGAUUUGAUAAAGGAUUUACCUAGGAAUAUAAAAGAAAUUGCUACGUUUUUCGAUAAGACUUACGAUGACGAACAGAUCGCCAAGUUAGUGGAGCAUUUGAAAAUAGAGAAUUUUCGUAAAAAUCCUAUGGUAAAUCAGCCCAGUCCCGACGUUGUGAUGCAAGCGGAGAUGUUUGUCCGACAAGGAACAACGGGUGGUUGGAAGAAGAUGUUUACGCCACAAAUUGAAGAAAAAUUUAGUAAAUGGAUCACUGACAAUUUAAAGAAUACAGAUUUGGUUUUUCCAAGUUAAAAUUAUUAAUAAAAACUUUCUAAAAAUGAAACUAUAAAGUUGAUUUGCAUAUUCUUAUUUAAUUAAAAGAAUCAAUACAUCA